AUCUUGUUUGAAGUUCAUUCUGCUCAAAGAAGAAAGUGAGUAUUGUCGUCCCUCUGCAGCUUUUCAAACUUUCAUUCUAACCUUUCUCUCUUUCUAUUUUCUACCACCACCAUCCUAUCCUUGUCAUUAGAUAGACGCUCAUACUUUCCUUUGUUGAGCAUCAUCCAUUCAUACAUCUAAGACAAAUUCCUCUUAUACCAUAUUCAUAAUGCCUUCUCUACGUGAUUUCGAUCAAAAAGCUUUCGGUGGUAUUCCACUUGACACGUACAAGCCUGUUCCAGGUUUGAAGUUGUCUUCUACCAGCCUCACAGCUGAACAAAAGAAGCAAUUGCAAUACAACAUCAACUUGAUGCGCGAUUCAAUCGUCUUCUUCACUGCCAGCGGUGCUGCUCGUGGUGUCUCUGGCCACACUGGUGGUCCAUACGAUGUCGUCCCAGAAGCUGCAAUCUUGUUGUCUUUAUUCGAAACCGAAGGACCAAGCAAAAUCGUUCCCACCUUGUUCGAUGAAGCAGGUCACAGAUCCGCUCUCGUUUACUUGCGUGCCGCUUUGGACGGACAUCUAAAAGCAACAGAUUUGCUCAACUACCGUCGUGCUCAUCACGAAGGUGGCCCUCCAGGUUUGCCAGGUCACCCUGAAUUGAAAUUCACACCCGGUGUUGAAUUCAGUUCAGGUCGUUUGGGUCACAUGUGGCCAAUGGCAAACGGUGUUGCAUUCGCAAACAGAGACAAAAUCACAAUCUUGCUCGGUUCAGAUGGUUCUCAACAAGAAGGUGACGAUGCCGAAGCAGCUCGUUUGGCCGUCGCUCAAGAUUUGAACAUCAAAUUGUUCAUUGAUGAUAACGAUGUCACCAUUGCCGGACAUCCUUCCGAAUACUUCAAGGGAUUCUCCGUCGCCAAGACUUUGGAAGGUCACGGAUUGCAAAUCUUCCACGCUGAAGGUGAAGAUUUGGACUCCUUGUUCCCAGCAAUGAUGAAGACCUUGAACGCCAAGGGACCUGCUGCUUUGAUCACAAAACGUAAGAUGUGCCCUGGAAUCAAGGGUCUCGAAGGUACAACACACGGACACGAUGUUAUCCCUCUCGAGAAGGCUUACGCAUACCUCGAAGAGAAGGGAUACAACGAUGCUGUCAGCAUCUUGAAGAACAUCAAACCUGAUGCAAGCCCACUCAAAUUCAUUGGAUCAAGUAGCGACAAGGGAGCUAACCGUAGCACAUUCGGUGAAGCUGUCAAUGGCGUUUUGGACAAAUUGAGCGCACAAGAGAAAGCUGAAAAGAUCUUGGUUAUCGAUUCUGACUUGGCUGGUUCUACCGGUUUGGCAGCAAUCAAGAAGAAGCACCCUGACAUUUUCGUCUCUUCUGGUAUUUGCGAGCGCGGAAACUUCAGCGCUGCUGCCGGUUUCGGUUCCUUCUUGCCAAAAGGUGUUUACCGCACUGGUGUUUUCAGCACAUUCUCUGCUUUCUUGGAAAUGGUUAUCUCUGAAAUCACAAUGGCACGUUUGAACUUCUCCAACGUUUUAUGCCACUUUUCCCACUCUGGUGUUGAUGAAAUGGCAGACAACACUUGCCAUUUCGGUUUGAACAACUUGUUCGCCGAUAACGGUUUGCCAGACGGUCACACCACCAGAUUGUACUUCCCAGCUGAUCCUCAACAAAUGACAGCAUGUGUUGAAAAGACAAUCUGGGAUGAAGGUCUUCGUUUCAUCUUCUCCACCCGUGCCAAGGUCCCAUGGAUCACCAAGGAAAACUCUGACGAACGCUUCUACGGAUCUGAUUACAAGUUCGUUCCCGAAAAGGAUGAAUUCAUCCGUAAGGGUACAAAGGGAGCUGUCGUUACCUUUGGUGAUUUGACAUACCGUGCCGUCAGCGCCGUUGAUGAAUUGCGCAAGGAAGGUCACGAUAUCGCCUUGAUCAACAAGAGCACACUCAACAUUGUCGAUGAAGAUGCAAUCAAACAAUACGGAUCUUUGCCAUUCGUUAUUGUUGUUGAAUCUUUGGGUGUUAACACCGGUUUGGGAUCCAAAUUCGGAUCAUGGCUCUUGCAACGUGGUUUGACACCCAAAUACGCUCACUACGGUGUCAACAGAGAAGGAUCCGGUGGUUUGUGGGAACAAAUCCCAUACCAAGGAUUGGGAAGUGAAGAGAUCAAGACUGCAAUCAAGAAAUUCCUCUAGAUGGAUGAAUGAUUGUGACCUUUUUUACCUUCUGUCCCGUUUCUUAUUGAUUUGAAAUCUUCUCUAUAUAAAACCUUACCAUUUGUUAUAUGAUUGUGUACCUUUUUGAUAAAAAUGGAAGAGAAAUAAAAAUAGUUUUUGUAC